AUGUACCUACUCGCUACGGACCCAGACGCCGGCGCAAACGGUCAGAUCCGUUACCGUAUCGUGAAUCACCCAGAGCUGUUCUCCAUCAGCCCUAACGGCACCAUCUACACCCUGGUGCCUCUGGACCGGGAGCUGCAGAGCGAGUACAGCCUGGUGGUGGAGGCUUCUGACGGGGCAGAUGUCCCACGACGCACCGCCCUGACCCUCACCAUCCUGGUCUCGGACAUCGAUGACAACAGUCCCGCCUUCUCCCUGCCCAAUUAUGUAGUGAACGUGCCGGAGAACAGCCCCGUGGGGACCAUCAUUCUUAAUCUGACCGCGGUGGACGUUGACCUCUUCUCCAAUGUGACGUACCGGAUCAAGACGGUGUCGGCCAAGCAGCUGUUCUCCCUGAACGCCAUCACGGGGGAGCUGGCCGUGCUACAGACCAUGGACUUUGAGAACCUGGCGGCGAUGGGCAUGGGCACCUCCUACAGCUUCCAGGUGGAGGCUGUGGACCAGGCCGGGGUCAUGCCCCCCGGAGAGGCCACAGUAACAGUCCGGAUUACGGACAUGAACGACUUCUCACCGAUCUUCAGCCAGGACUUGUACAUGGGAAUGGUGGCUCCAAACGCAGAGAAGGGCACAGUGAUCACCACAGUGUUUGCAGAAGACCAGGACCCACCGGGCACCCCGGCCAGCUUCGUCCGCUACACGGUGGACCACGACCUCUCUCCGUACAGCGGCAGUAUCUUUGAUGUGGAGGAGCUCACAGGGAGGAUCGUCACCAAAGUCAACCUGAACGAGCAGCCCAGCGUCACCUUCAAGUUGUAUGUGAUCGCCUAUGACGACGGGGAGCCGGUGAAGACCAACACGACUCUGGUGGAGAUUACCGUCCUCCAGCCUUCCAGAAUACCCAUCUUCACCCAGGAGGAGUACACGUUCGCUCCCGUGAGUGAGCUGGCUCCUGUUGGCACCAGCGUGGGAACCAUCCUGGCUGCAGCAAUCAAUCAAACCAUCUUCUACUCCAUUGUGGAAGGGAAUGCACGAGGUGAUUUUAAGGUGAACAACAGGACUGGGGUGAUUUCCACAGCCAAACCUCUGGAUUAUGAAAACGUGACCAGCUACAUCCUCAGGGUACAAGCCGACUCCAUGCUCGUGGUCAUGUCCAACCUCCGCGUGGCUUCUAAAUCCAACACAGCCAAAGUGUUCAUCGAGGUGCGAGAUGAAAAUGACCACGCUCCAAUCUUCUCCCGGAAGCUUUACAUCGGAGGAGUCACGGAGGACACCAAGAUCUUCAGCUCGGUGCUCAAGAUAGUGGCCAAAGAUGUCGACACAGGGAAUUACAGUGCCAAUGCGUACCGACUGAUCAUUCCGCCCACGCCUGAGGGCCAGGAGAGCUUUGUUAUCGAGACCUACACUGGAAUCAUCAAGUCGGCCAUGAUGUUUCGCAACAUGAGGCGCUCCUAUUUCAAGUUUGAAGUCAUUGCCACGGACAACUACGGGAAAGGCCUCAGCAACAGUGCAGAAGUGGUGGUUUCGGUGGUGAACGCGUUGGACAUGCAAGUGGUGGUGUCUACGGUUCCUCCGACAAUGGUGGAGGAGAAUAAGGAAGAACUCAUAAAAAUUUUGGAGCGUCAUAUCCAGGACCAAAUCCCGGGUGCCAAAGUGAUAGUGGAGGCCAUCGGUCCACGUCGCCACGGUGAUGGCUACGAGCUGGAAGACUACAGUAAAUCAGACCUGAUGGUGUAUGCCAUUGACCCGCUGACCAACAGGGCCAUUCAGAGACAGGAGCUCUUCAAGUGA